AACGUAUCAGUUGUAGUCUCCGUGCUGACCUUGACAAGCAUCUCUAUCGAGCGGUGGUUCGCCAUCUGUAAACCUUUGACCUUCCAACAGACCAAGGCCAGGGUCGUAGCGUGUGUGGUCAUCAUCUGGCUGGUGGCCAGUCUGACCUCGAUGCCCCGGCUGUUUAUGAUGGAGGAGAUCCAUGACGAUAUGUUCCCGCCGAACGUGACUAUCUUGCUGACAACGUGCGCUCCGCGAGACGUGGCAGAGGCUCGACAGUACGAGAUCUUCCUGAUUGUUGCUUUCUUUGCCUUCCCAAGCGUGGUCAUGGGCUACAACUACACAGCUAUAGCCUUCUGUUUGUGGUCUAGUUCCAAAGCUUCCAAACACCUGACAGAUGCUGACCAGCGAGCCAUUGUCUCCCAGCUGAUGGCCAGGCGGCGCACAGCCAAGAUGUUGGUCGUUGUGGUUGUUGUGUUCUUUCUGU